AUGUACGACGGACCUAUACGAGAGGGUACUCGGGGAGGUGCUGGAGAUUUCCGGUGGUCGCAAGUCAAGGAUGACAAGCACCGAGAGAAUUACCUUGGACACUCAAUUCAAGCGCCUGUCGGGCGAUGGCAGAAUCACAAAGAUAUCCAUUGGUACAACAGAGAGGAUGGACCGUCGUCCUCUGAGGCUGCUGCCCAAGCCAAACGAGAAGAGAUACGAAAGUUGAAAGAAGCGGAGGAAGAAGCUUUGGCCGUCGCGUUGGGAUACGCUCCGAGGAAGAAGGCUGAAGAUGAGGGAGCGGAGGGAGGAGGAGCUGGAACAGGGGCAAAUGCUGUGAAGGUGGAAGGUGGAAGAGCGGAAGAAAUCGCCAAGUUGGAGAAAGAGGAGAAGAAGAGGGAGAAGGCGUGA